AUGUCGACAGCAAACCGACCUCAAAACAGCAAUAACAAUGACCUGAACGUCGACGUGCCGGAUGAGGCCCCGCCGCCGUACUCUGCUGCCUCUGGCGACCAGACGCUGCAGUCCGGCCCGCAGCGGAUGGACUUCUCCGGACCGCCGCCAUUGCCCGAUCGUUUCCAGAAUCCGGGCUAUCAAUCGCCAGCUGGGCCGCCGCCGGCGCACUUGAACCAGACGCCGACAGGAGGGCAGAGCAUCCCGGGUGUAGGCGUCGGAUACGGAGGAGGGCAAGGGAGUGGACAGUGGGGACAGCCGCCGAGCCACCCCGCAGCUCAAGCUUAUCGUCCCCCGCCGCAGCAGCCGUAUUCCCCACCGCCCGGCGCGCCCCCACCUCCGCCGCCGAACCGACCUGGCUCCUCGCAGUCCCAGGACCAGGAUAUGACGCCGACGGAGCGCCCCGUCCCCGGCCGUCCGCUGCUGCACAAGGGCCAGCUGCUCGUCUACCCGAAGUCGUACUACUGCGGCAAGUGCGCAAAUACGGGCUACAACGACUGGAAGAAGUACGGCAAGGACUUCUCUGGCGCUCUGGCGCACUCGUACGCGAUCGCGCCCAAGCCGGGGACGAACGGGACCACGUCAGCCGCGACAAACUUCCAGCGCCCCCUGCCGCAGCGCCAGGCUGCUCCUCCGCCACAGCAGUAUGGGGGUUACGGAGGCGGCUACGGUGGAGGAGGGUACGGGGGCGGAUGGCAGCCGCAGUUCAGGCCGGCAUACGGACCGCCGCCGGGCGCGCUUGUGUUACAGCCGGGAGACCCGAGGAUUGGCGGACAGUGA